UCUCUUUAAAUGCCAGGGGCUGCUCUCCCGCCCCGGGUGCCCGGAGCCGGAUCUACAAUCCCGUCCCUCCCGCUCCGGCGCUUGUUGCUCGCCGGGUCCGAGCGGGAGCUGUCGCCGCCGGGCAGCACGCUGAGGCUGCGGGCUUCUCUUCCUUCCCGUCGCCCCACCUGCCCCCCCGCCCUCCCGAGAGCGAGCCGGAGCCGGAGCAGGAGCCCCAGCCCGAGGGAGGGGGGCGCGAUGUGGAGAAGCCUUGCCCCCACCUUCAAGUCCCGGAGCAGGGGCUCGCCGCGGGGGUAAGACAUGCGUCGGUCCUCUCCGCCCAGCCUCGCCGCCGCCGCCUGCACCUGGACACCGGGGACUGCAGCGCCCGCACCUGCAAACUCGCCCUAGAAGUCUCCGGGUGCGCCCGGAGCCCCUCCCUCUCUCUCGCGGCCGCCACCGCCCCGCGGGGGAGUUUGCGCAGGUAACCCGAGCUCCCGGGCGGGCCGCGGGGGAGGGGCGCGCCGGGCGGCCGCCGGCAGCGCCGCAGGUGGCCUCAGCUUCAGUCCGGGGACCCGUGCCAAUGACCCCAGCGGUGCCGCGUCCCCUCUCGGCGGUGUGAACGCAUGUCCACAGCGUGAUGGGCAACCAAGUGGAGAAACUGACCCACCUAAAUUACAGGGAAGUUCCCACGGCCGACCCAACCGGUGUGGACCGCGACGACGGCCCCCGCAUCGGGGUCUCCUAUAUCUUCUCCAAUGAUGACGAGGACGUGGAGCCGCAGCCGCCGCCCCCGGGGCCCGACGGCGGGGGUUUGCCCCACAGCGGGGACGGGCCGGCGCUGCCCCCGCCGCAGCCCUACGAUCCCCGGCUGCACGAAGUGGAGUGCUCCGUUUUCUAUCGCGACGAGUGCAUCUACCAGAAGAGCUUCGCGCCGGGCUCGGCGGCGCUGAGCACCUACACGCCCGAAAAUCUGCUCAACAAGUGCAGGCCCGGCGACCUGGUCGAGUUCGUGUCGCAGGCGCAGUACCCGCACUGGGCAGUGUACGUGGGCAACUUCCAGGUGGUGCACUUGCACCGGCUGGAGGUGAGCAACAGUUUCCUGACCGAUGCCAGCCAGGGCCGGCGCGGCCGCGUGGUGAACGACCUGUACCGCUACAAGCCGCUGAGCCCCACCGCGGUGGUGCGCAACGCGCUGGCACACGUGGGCGCCAAGGAGCGCGAGCUGAGCUGGCGCAACUCGGAGAGUUUCGCCGCCUGGUGCCGCUACGGGAAGCGCGAGUUCAAGAUCGGCGGCGAGCUGCGCAUCGGCAAGCAGCCCUACCGGCUGCAGAUCCAGCUCUCGGCGCAGCGCAGCCACACGCUCGAGUUCCAGAGCCUGGAGGACCUGAUCAUGGAGAAGCGGCGCAAUGACCAGAUCGGACGCACGGCGGUGUUGCAGGAGCUCGCCAUGCACCUGCACCCGACCGAGCCCGACGAGGGCGACAGCGACGCCGCGCGGACUACGCCGCCUCCUGCGCGCCCCCCUGCGCCCGGCCUGGAAGAGGAGGAGGAGGAGGAGGAGCAGUGCCGAGAGGCCGUGGUGCACUGACGGAAGAGCAGGGCGCAGAGCUGUGCCAGGGAGCUGUUUGCAGCCGCCGCCGCCGCUACCCCGCUCCCUUCCUGCACUCCCUCCUUCCACCACCGUCUGAGCCCCAUCUGGGCUCCAGGGCCGUUUGGAAAACAGAGUUGGCGAAACGUGCCGCCAGCUGUGGCUUGAGCAUGUUAUCUUCGACGGAGGAGGGAGAGAAGGGAGCAGGUAGGAGCUCUGAGGGGUGUGGUGUGUGUGUGUGUGUGUGUGUGUGUGUGCAUUCCCUGCCCCCUUUGUACCGUCGUUGGUCUUGCUGACUGAGGUGUGGCAAGCUGGAUUACCGAACUCUUAGAAUCUCUGUGCCGGUCCCAAACCGACCUUUCUGUGCGAAAGGGUGGAGUCAAACGCAGCACCAACUGCUACCUUUGCUUCCUUCCACCCGCCCUGGACUUGUGGAAUGCAGGUUUGCUGUGGAGAGAACAACGCGGAGCCGCUGAUCUUGCCGUCCCUGUGGGGCUCUGUGUGGAAUUGGGGCGGGGGGAGGGGGACUGUGAUUGAUGGGAGUCUCUGGUGUGCCAGGCUGUGGAAAGCAGGACCCCGUCGUCGGGGAGCAGCUGACCAAAUCCUAGCAGCCCCGAAUGAAGUGUAAUAAAAGAGUUCAGUGAACUUGGGCUGCAGAGACUGCUUCUAUGCAACGUCCCUCCUGCAAGCAGUUUGUUUGAAAGGCCGGGCUGGGCUUCCUGUUCCCUCCUGCACCCCCCAUCACAGCCCAGGUGUUGAGUAAGUCACUGUUGUGGGGGGGGGGGCAGCCAGGGGAAGGAUUCAAUUAUGGUUAGGUUUUGCCACCUUUGUGGUUUGGCCGGCUACUGCAGGCAGUUGCAGCUGCAUUAUUUGUUAUCAAAGGAGGGACGAGCUCUUUGUAUCUGGAUCUCAUUAAACCUGCCUGGCCGCCCUUCAUCAGCAGGUCAUAAAAUCCACUACAGAAGCAACCAAACAAUGCUGCCCCGGCAGGAAUUAGUUAAUCGCUGCUACCGCCCACCCUCCUGACUGCUCCAGUUCUCCUCAGGCUGAAGGUAUUUUAAGAGCAGUGAGCCUGAAACCACGCCCACCCUAAGUCCUCACUGUGUCCCACCCCCCCAACCCCUUUCCCCCUGCCUCAUCCCUCACACUCAUUUUUCUCUGCCAGUGGUGAAAUGGAGGCCAGGAGGCCUGUUGCAGGUGACGAAUAUGCCAGCCAUACUCUUUGCAACUUCUUUCAAGCUGCAAAAGUCUCCCUGUAUAGUAGCAGGCUAAGCAGAGGCUUGGUGAGCCCCCUUUGAGACUGCUCUAUUUAAAGAAGUGACAGCCAUCACAAAGAAAGGCCACCUAGAGAGGUCGGUGUGGCACACAGUGAUGUUCCUAAAGCACAGGCUGCAGGCUGGCCCACCACACAAUGCUUGGCUCCUGCUGCCCCGGGCCCCUCUGCUUUCCUGGGGGGCUUUUGCAGAAUUUUUAUAUACCGCAUCCCUUAUAUUCCUGUGAGCUCUCAACUCACACGUACCCCCUCGUUUCAGUAUGCUGCUCUGCUGCACACUGGUGUUUGCUCAUGGGAGGUCUCAGAAAUUGCCCCAAGAUUGUCUUUCCAUGGAGAGAAAAAAAAAAAAAGAUUCCCGUGAUGAUAGGAACCAUUUUGUUACCCACUUCUUAAUAGUUGAAAUGGACUUAAUUCUGAGUACUCCUCUUUUUUGGGCAUCCUGCCUAGGAUUCCCUACAGCCAAGCAACAAAACUGGAUUUUCCUCACGUAAUUUUUUCUUUCACUUUUUUUUUUUUCAAAUUUGGAAGCCAAGGCCAUACUUUUUUAACAGCUCAGACUACCGUAGACCUUCAAUAUGAAGUCACUUCAUUACAAGGCAUUAGCUAUGUACCCUGUUUUCACAGCCUUCACCAAAUAGGUCCUCUCACUUUGACCACACUUAGUGCUAGCUUGGGACUUUGGAGAAACACCAGUCUCCUGUUGGAUAUGUCAAUCUAGUAAUUUACGCGUUUACGAAUCUCCCGGCCUUUUGGUUCAGUUCUGUUGCUCAUGGAAAAGCAGGUUAUGGAAACUGUGGAUGCAGACAUUCAGUAGGGCCUGCUCUUUUUGGGAAGCUUAAACAUAGCCAUGAAACUUGAAAGUCAUGGCCAAUAUACAGAGGGUGAGGGAAGAUGGGAAUAACUGUAAAAUAACUCUGAACUAGCUGGCCGGCUUCCUUUCCCCCCCCCCCCCCAAUUUCUGACUCUUUCCUUUGAAUGUCCUUGGUCACAGGGAGGUAGAGCAGUGGGAGUCUUUUGUUCUCUACAGCUCUUUGUGACAAAUCUCAUCUUAAAGGCAUUCCCGUAAAAAGCCACACCAAUAGUGUUCUACCUCCAGGGAAAAGGUUUUUGCUGAUGGUUUGGAGAGGAACAUGAAGAGGAAAUCUGUCCCAGAUGCUGCUUGCCCACAGAGAGCAGGUAAUUUUAUAGGGUACCAGUGAUGUGGAAGUAACUUUACAUGUGGGAACAAGGGUUCCAUUGGAAGUUUUCUUAGGGUUACAAUGCCCCAAAUAAAGCACCAGCCAAUCAGUGAAGACAUCCAGGAGGGGGCACCAAACCAGCUCUGGGUUUGCUGUUCAAGAUGGCAGUGUGGUGGAUAAGUGAGUUGUUAAUGCCCAAGAAAUGGCUACAUCUGGCACUUUAAAUAUAUAUGCAUAUAUAUUUAAUAGUUUUUUCCCCUAGGAAUAAGACUUCAGAACUAUUUUGUACUGUGAAUUACGGAUGCUCUUUGAAGGAAAGGUAUAUUGAUUCUAAUGUUCUUCAGAAGCUCUGGCAGGCAUCAUGACACCUGACUGGAACAUAAUCUAAAUGUAAUCAGACAAGUUUCUAUUUUCUUACUUGAGCAAAUAUUUUAUUGUGACUGCCUAUGUAUGCAAAAGAAGCUCCCAACUUCAGCGACACAAUUUUUUAUAUUGAAAUAACUCACAUUUUUGUAGAUUUUAUUCCACAUUUAAUUUGAAAUGGCUUUGUAGUACUCAAAUGCCUAGCAGAAGACUGUACUCCAGAACUUUAAAGAAAUUUUUAGUUUUUAUGAAAAAACAUGACACUUCAGUGGUUAAACUUUUCAUGUCUUUGGUGCUUCUGGCUCUCAUAGCACCACUUAGAAAUUACCACAACACAUGGAAACAUAUUUUUGGAAGCAAAACUUUAAUUUUAUACAGCAUAUGCUAUGAAGAGUGAAGAAAUUUUAAGGACUACUUGGUUAUUUUUUUCUUAAAAAAAUGGGAUCCACUGUGUUGAAGACUCUUGAUAUGUGAUUACUCAGUCUUUUUUUUUUUUUUAAUAAACUAAAUGUAAUAUGAUCAUGGUCGUCAAAUGGGUUUAGUUGCAAGAUUUUACCUGUGAAUUUUUUUUUUUUAAAUCAGACUAACAAGACUUGUUUGCUAUACUUUUCAUUAUGUUGUUUGGUUCGUAGCUCUGAUACUUGUGACCGGAGGACAAUUACUUUGUUUAACAUGAAUUCCACAUACAUUUUAUUUCCAGUGAAUUGUGUAAACUUUAUUUUUGGUUGCUGUUGGAGAUUGUACCAUAAAUGAAUGUUACGUUGUCAUACCACUUCUUGAGAAGGAAGUUCCAAUUUCAAAUUGUAUCAUUUCCUUCAAAAUGAAGGGCAGUGCUUAGUUAAAUAAAAGAUUGAUGAUGUCUUUUAAACCA